CAGCAGGAUGCAGAGGUGGUCUGUAGGGAGCUUGGCUGUGGGGCUCCUUCAGUCCUCCAGGGGGCGCUCUAUGGAGAAGUGGAGGCUCCAAUGUGGACCAAAGAGUUCCAGUGUGGAGGCCAUGAGUCUGCUCUCCUGGACUGUAGAAGAUCAGACUCAGCUAGAAGAACCUGCUCACCUGGUAAAGCUGUUGGACUCACCUGCUCAGACCCAGCCUCCGCCCGGUUGGUGGGAGACCUCGGGGGGGAACUCGGGGGGGAACUCGGGGGCUGCAGCGGCGUCCUGGAGAUGAACGUGAACAGCAGCUGGAGACGAGUGUACGACUCCGACUGGAGCCUGAAGGCAGCGGCUGAAACCUGCAGGAAGCUGAGGUGCGGUAAUGCCGUGGCAACAGGAAGUAGUCGGUCCCCGUCCGUCGAUAUGUGGUGGAUCAGCUCCGAGUGUGUCCGGGCUGGAUCCGACCUGAGGGAGUGUGUCCGAGCCGGGCCUUGGACUUCCUCUUCAGUCCUGGAGAUCAGCUGCUUGGAUGAGCUGUUCCCUCAGCCAAUCAUCUCUGUGCGGUCCUCCGUAGACGGGGUCUCCGGGGCCCAGCAGCAGGGCUUCCAGCUGUCCAGAGGCUCCAGCUUCUCCAUCAGCUGCUCCGCCCAGCCUCGCUACGUAGGAGGCUCCUUCCAGCUCAGAUUCACCUCCUCCAACACCAUCCACAGCUACACCCAGCCAGCUGUCAAUCACUCUGCUGACUUCCUGUUUCCUGCUGCAGAGCCCGCCCACCAAGGAAGCUACAGCUGUGUUUACAGCGUCUCCGUCUCCUCUCAGAACUUCUCCAUCAGCAGUCAGCUGCUGUCUCUCACUGUCUCAGCUUGGUCCAGACUGCCGGUCCUGCUGUGGGUCCUGGUGCUGGUCCUGCUGCCCAUCGUCAGCGGCCUGAUCCUCUACAGGAAGGCCAGCAGGGGGCAGCAGCAGAGCCUGCAGCCAGAGGUGGAGCUGCAGGACUAUCAGCCAGCAGCAGGAUCAGCUGAGUCUGAGCACAGCGGAGACUUCCAGUUAUUUUGUGAUUAA